CGCGCGUGCGUGCGUAUGUGUGUGUGUCAGGUGUACUGCGUGCCCAUCGGGGGGAUGUUGGUGCGUCAGCCCGUGGCGGUGGGCGGCAGCGGCAGCUCCUACAUCUACGGCUUCAUGGACUCGAACUACAAACCCGGACUGACCCGAGACCAGUGCCUGGAGAUCACUGCUGCAGCUCUGUCUCUGGCGAUGGAGAGGGACGGCUCCAGCGGCGGCGUCAUCAGACUGGCGAGCAUCUCUGAGGACGGAGUGGAGAGACGAGUCAUACUGGGAAACCAGCUGCCCAAAUUCUCCACACACUGAACACACACACACAC